AUGAAUGACCAGAUUAAUGUUGAGCUGAAGGCAUUUUAUUAUUAUUUGUCCAUGGCUGCGUAUUUUGGCCGCGUGGAUGUCGCUCUGCCAGGAUGUGAGUCGUUCUUCAUGCAGAUGCAUCACGAAGAGCACGAGCACGCUCAGAGAUUUUGCAACUACGUGAAAAUGCGCGGAGGCAAGGUGCAUCUGUGCGCUGUAUCGCCACCGGACGAUCAGGAUUGGAAAUGUCCAUUGCAUGCUUUUAAAACAGCUUUACAACUGGAGAUUGAUGUCAGUAAAAAAUUGGUCGCAGUGAACACUGUAGCGGUGAAACAUGGUGAUUUAAACGCCAGUGACUUCAUCGUCACCGGCUUCAUGAACGAUCAAAUGAAGAGCGUAAAUGAAAUGGGAAAAUUCGUAUCUGUGCUUUCUGGUAUUGGGGAUCAAGCGUUGGCGCGAUUCGUGUUCGAUAAAGAUUUACUCGAUAAUCACGUCAUGCCCGACUUUAACGUUCUAAAAAGAAGCGACCAGAAGAGAAAAUUUAAUAAAUAG